UCUUCUCUACUGGAACUCCUCUCCUCUAAUUUCUUAAAAAAAGGAAAGAAAAAAAAGACAUGAGCGAGGAGACAGAUUCCGAUCACUCUCCAGUCAAUACAUCGCCGUGCGGCACAUUGCCACCUCUCAUCCCAAACCUCCCAGACGACAUAUCGCUCCAGUGCAUAGCGCGGGUCCCACGCUCCUUCCACCCCAACCUCUCCCUCGUCUCACGCUCAUUCCACUCUCUCCUCCGCUCUCCUCUCUUCUACACUGUCCGAUCUCAUCUCAACAUCUCUCAGCACUUCCUCUACAUCACCAUCCGUACUCCCCGCCCUUCCUCUUCCUUCCUAUACUUCUAUCUCGACCCCAACUCCCCCAAGAGAAGGCUCGUCCCCCUCCCUCCACCGCCCAUACCAGCCAUCGGAUCAUCCUCCGCCGUUCUCGGCCCUCGGCUCUUCCUCCUCGGCGGGUCCGUCAACGAGAUUCCCACCGCCCGCGUCUGGAUAUUCGACGCCCGCUUCAAUCGAUGGGAGCCAGGCCCCCGAAUGAGGAUCGCCCGCGAAUUCUCCGCCGCCGGGGUCGUGGACGGGAAGAUCUACGUUCUCGGCGGCUGCCCGGUCGACUCAUGGGCCAGGUCGACGUCAUGGGCGGAGGCAUUCGAUCCAGCCGUUGGAUCGUGGGCGGGGGUCCCCAGCCCGGCCGAUGUCCAGGCUAAAUGGAUGCAUGGGAAUGCGGUUCUUGAUGGGAAGGUCUAUGCGAUGGCAGACCGCGGCGGCAUGGUCUUUGAUCCGGUGGCGGGCACGUGGUGUUCUGUGUCGAAGAGGCUCGAUCUGGGGUGGAGAGGGAGGGCCGCCGUGGUAGAUGGAAUAUUGUAUUGCUAUGAUUAUUUGGGGAAGAUCAGAGGGUAUGAUGGGAAGGAAGAUAAAUGGAAGCAAUUGAAGGGGGUAGAUAGUGAAUUGCCGAGCUUCCUAUGUGGGGCAGCUCUGGCGAAUGCUGGGGGUAGGCUGUGUGUGAUUUGGGAAGGGAAAAGGAAGGGUAAGGAGAUGGAGAUCUGGUCCGCCGAAAUUAAUGUUUUUAAGGAUAGUGGGGGAGGGCUGUCCGGAGUGGUCCUCUGGUCGGAGGUUGUGAUGGCGGUUCUGAGUGAGUCGUCAGUUGUGAACUGCGUGGCGGUUGGACUGUGAUCGAUGGUGAAAGAUCCGGGUUGAAUUUUUGUGAGGGAGAUUCUGAAAUACUAUUUAUGGCUUUCUACACUCUUGGGCAUUGCUUGGAAUGGUGGUGGCAUGGAUGCAGAUAACUAAUGCUUGGUGGUCAAACAUGUUGGAUCCAUCCAAAGCUCCCAAAUCCUCGUCAUUCUCCGUUACCUCUUCAGAGACCUUUCAUCUCUUGUUGGUGCUGUGAAUAGCAGUGUUAGCAGUGUUUCCAUUCAUUAAGCCAUCACAUCUAUACCAUUCCAUAUGGAGGCUGGAGUGGCAUAGAGAAAUGAGUGUUGCAUGUGGGGUUAUUUUUCACCAGAAAAACUAGGCCAAGUAUGCUGGCCUGAUUUCUGCUAUCCAUUGGUUUAGUGCCUGACAUAAACUAUGCAGAACUUGGUGAUGUAAAGGUAGCUGCAGCAGGUUGUAUCUGAAGGACUUAUUAGUACGGGUGGAUGAACUCUAUAGCCUUUUGUAUUGUCUGGAAGAGGGUGUUCAAAAGCAUUAAAAAAAAAGAAGUAAUUGAAGGUAGGUGUUCAUAUUACAUGCCUCUAGAUACUGUUAAUUUCAAAGGUAGAGGAGUUGGGGAAAGUAACAAGGCUGCAGGAGUGAUGUGCCUGCAGUUUCAAGCCCGGGUGAAGGAGAAUUGAUGUCGGUGAGGCAGCCAAUCGUCGUUGAACUUUUGCCAAGCGAUAAUGGGAAGCGGAUCCCAGAUAGCAGAGACAGGGCGAUGACAACAGUGAUGAGGGAUAAGAGUUUUAUGAAAUUUAUGUCGAUGAUGCAGCACUCUAUUUCAAGCUGGAUUAGUGGGGCAGAAGUUGGAUUGAAGUGAAAAGCUUAGAUGAGCAGAAAGUGUUCUUGGCAGAUGGGUGCUCCCUGCGUCCAUCAGCACAUCUUCCCAGGAUGUAGAGGGAACCACGCUUGGAAUGUGUACAUGGUUGAUCAUGCCCCCAUGUAAGAGAACAUCGUCAUCAUCAUCUGUCUUGACCUUCAUGUCCAACAAAGGCCAUUGUUGCAGUGGGUAUGUGAUGGUGGGUAUUAUUUUGGUGCUGCUUAUUUUUUUCACAGUCACUGUGUGAGGUGUUUGGUAGAUCCUGGCAACUCCAAACAUGAAUGUAACAGGUAUCUAACAGGGCGAGUAGUGUCCUCACGCAUCUAUUUGGUACAAUAUGUGUUUGGGUUUAUGUUAUCUAGACCACUGAAAUAAUAAUAAGCCUCCAUGGAUUGAAUAUGCCUGGGAAACUUUCCAGAUUGGAUGAUCCCUAUCCAUCUUAUCUGUGGUUGUUAUUCCGGAA